UUCAUGUAUUUUUUAAAUUUAUUAUCAAUUCAGUUUUUUAUAUAAUUGGCAUAAACAGUCUUCUGUACAGAAGUCUUCAGCUGAGGCUCAUCAUUCCCUCAUGUAGCCUCGGUCCGCCCCUGCUGACAGAGAAGAAAACAUCCACCCUCCUCUUCCUCAGCUGCAGCUUCAUCCUCCAGCUGCCGUGAUGUCUGCUGGCUGCUCGGACCUCCUCCUCCUGUGAAUCAGACACCAUCAUGAAGCGUCUCUCCAUCCUCUGAGCGCGUAUCUGCCUCACCUGCGGACUUCGGGACACUUGGAUCACCUGCAGGUUUUGUCGGCCUCGUCCAUCCUUCAUCAUCCUCCUCUUCAUCAGCAGACAUGUUGUUUAGGCAGGAUCCGUGACGCCGCGCUGACUGCUGAUGGAUGGAAGGAGCCGGAGGAGCGGCUAGAAUGACGCUCGGCACCUGCUCUCUGACCCAGCAGUACAGCAAUGGUGUAUGCCCAGACAUCAAACACAGUCGGUGUCAAUCCCUCCAUCUACUUGCCAUCGUUCAUGUAUCAGAUGUCAUUUAACUACUCCAAGAGAGAAAACUCAACUGUCCUGGCAACCUUACCUACAACUCCCCUCUGCAGCCUCGAGGGCACGUCCACUGGCCAGUUGAAUACUACCUCUGUCCCUGAUGAGCUGACUUCAGGUGAGGUUGCCGUCCUAGGCUUGGUAUUUGGGGUUCUAUGGCUGGUCUCCAUCUUGGGAAAUGCCCUCGUAUGCCUGGUCAUCCACCGAAGCCGACGGACUCAGUCCACAACCAACUACUUUGUGGUGUCUAUGGCCUGCGCGGACCUGCUCAUGAGCCUCGGUUGUGCCCCAUUCGUCCUCUUGCAGGUUGCCUCUGGACGUUGGCCAAUGAGCACAGCAGCUUGCAAGGCUGUGCGCUAUCUACAGCACCUUUGUCCAGGUGUGCAGGUCUACGUCCUGCUUUCGAUCUCAAUAGACCGCUUCUACACAAUCGUCUAUCCCCUCAGCUUCAAAGUGUCCAGAGAAAAGGCAAAGAAGAUGAUUCUGGCUUCGUGGUUAUUUGAUGCAGCCUUUGUCUCCCCCUGCCUCUUCUUCUAUGGAUCUACAUCUACAGACAGUCAUUGUGACUUUUUCCUUCCUGAGAGCUGGGGCAGCAUAGUCUACGCAGCAGUUCACCUUCUCAUUGGUUUUCUGGUCCCUGCUGGAUUGAUCAUAUCAUUCUACCAGAGGGUGGUCAGGUACAUCUGGAGGAUCAGUGCUGAUGGCCACACUGUGCGGCGGACAAUGAACAUUGUCCCGCGGACUAAAGUCAAGACCAUCAAAAUGUUCCUUAUGCUUAAUUCUGUUUUCUUCCUCACCUGGACACCCUUCUAUCUUGCCCAACUGUGGCACCCGAGGGAGUCUGAUGGGCCCAGCAGGCAGGGACUGCUUUUCUUCACAGCCAUCUCCUGGAUCUCCUUCAGCUCCACAGCAUCCAAACCCACCCUGUAUUCUGUCUACAAUGCAAACUUCAGACGUGGCAUGCGGGAGACAUUCUGCAUGUCAUCCAUGAAAUGCUACCGCAGUAAUGCCUACACCAUCACCGCGAGCUCCCGCAUGGCCAAAAAGAAUUAUGUUGGGGUGGUGGACAUCCCAGUGCAAGCAAAGAUGGUGACUAAAGACUCGGUCUACGAUACAUUUGACCGAGAAGCUAAAGAAAAGAAGGUAGCUUGGCCCACUAAUGCGAACCCUCCAAAUACCUUUGUGUGAAUGAGCUUGGACAGCUUUAAAACUGAACUCACAAACAUAAACUUGUCUAACAUAGCAGUGCCAGUGGUGGCAGGUGAAUUAGCUGGAGGCUAACAUGCUAGCACUGUAUUUAAGUAAAACGUUUACCGAAUGUGUUCAGAUUGUAUAAAGGGCUUUUUGUGAUGUGAGAAACCCUAUAGCAGCCAUAUUGGUGAUUUUUAUACUUCAGAUUUCAAUCAGAAUUUGUUUUCGUGCUGUGUUUUGAUGGAUCAUUUUCCAUGGAUAAAUUCCAUUUUGUGUUUUGAUGUCAACUUGUUAGCUAGCUAACUUUCUGUGUGGUCAUCGAUCAUAAAAGUCUUGUAACUGCAUCUGGUUUGCUACAGUAAUGUACGUGGUAGAUGCUAAUGUUAGUAAAGGCUAAAAUGUUAACAAUGACAUUAUCUGCUUUGUCACAAUGACUGAGUAACGGUGAGCUGGUUAUAUACCAAAGCCCGGGAUCCAAGCUUGUUCAAAUAAACUGGGCUGAAUCAUUGGAAUACAAUCAGGAUCAAUUAUGACUUUAACAACCAUGUCAGCAAGACCCAUUCAGGUUCAAACUUAGCUGAGUGGUCAUAGCUAAACAUGACAACAUGCAGACACUGUUUGAUUAGGUUCACUUUCAGAAUGGUGCUUAGUUCUUAAAAAGCAUCAAGGCAGAACUCGUUUGGUGUGGAUUGGUAGCUUAAAUCUUAAAGUGCGACUGCAGAGGGACUUAAGUCCUGUAAUUUCUGAUUGAGAUGGGUUCCUCAACAUCAUCCUCAGCACUGCUGUGUGGAAACGCUCGACAAGGAUAGAACCUGAAUAUUUGUCCUCCUUCCAGUGUGCUGAAAUAUCCAGACUUGAGAUCAAAUGGAUGUUUGUAGCUGUGAUCAGUUCUCAUGAAGUUUGAUCAGUGUGAUUAAAGAUGAUUUGUUAUAUGAA